ACACAAGCCGAUACAAACAACGUGGCUCUAGCCACUGCUGUGAUCUGAGUCCCGUUCGAAUGCGCGUUUAAAAUCUGUGUUCACGACCUUGUACAUCAUUCUCAUUCAUUUUUUUGUGUAAGAAAUGUUCUGAAACGUGAAAUGUUGAAAGGGUAACCUCAGUUGUCUUUUGUGUUCGAAUGAGGGGUCCCUCUUAACCUGUCAAACACACUUCAUAUUUUUUAUUAUUUUUUGUUAAGAGUUAAUGAUAUCAACUAGGUGACAAUGAGUACUCGCAGACGGAAUUUAGUUUCUGAUGAAUAUACUGCUAAUGCAGAAGAAGGUCAAGUCAGCAUGAGUAGUAAUAAAAGUGAACAAACAAGCAAUAUCAAAGGAGAUGAACUCAACAUUGCUAUUCUAUUUUUCCUCUAUUUACUUCAAGGUAUUCCUUUAGGUUUGAGUUCAGCUAUUCCUAUGUACCUGCAAAACAGAGGAGUAAGUUAUAGGCAACAAGCAGAAUUCAGCUUUGUGAAUUGGCCAUUUAGUCUUAAAUUGUUAUGGGCACCAAUCGUUGAUUCAUGGUAUUCUGCAAGAUUUGGGCGACGGAAAUCUUGGCUUGUUCCUACCCAAUAUUUGAUAGGAUUAUUUAUGAUGUUCCUGUCAAGGAAUGUUGACACAUGGUUGGGCGAUUCAUCAUCAACACCAAGCAUUGGACUGCUGACUUUCUUUUUCUUUUGCCUUAAUUUUCUUGCUGCCACUCAAGAUAUAGUUGUUGAUGGUUGGGCUCUCACAAUGCUGAAACGGUGUAAUGUUGGACAUGCAUCCACAUGUAAUAGCGUGGGUCAAACAGCAGGCUAUUUUCUGGGAUAUAUUGUGUUUAUGGGCUUGGAAUCUGCAGAAUUUUGCAACACAUAUCUUCGCAGUACUCCUGAACCAAAGGGUCUUAUAACACUACCUGGUUACCUUUAUUUCUGGGCUAUAGUAUUUCUUGUGACCACAAGUUUGGUUGCUGUCUUGAAGCAUGAUGUUGAAGUAGAUCAUCAUGAAGAGAAUGAGAUUUCAUUGGACGUAAAACAAACAUAUGUUCUUCUUUGGAAUAUAGUUAAACUUCCAGCCAUUCGCACUACAAUCCUUGUUUUGUUGACAUGCAAGAUAGGAUUUUCAGCAUGUGAUGCUGUAACAAGUCUGAAACUAGUGGAUGCAGGGGUUCCUAAAGAAAAAUUAGCCAUGUUGGCAUUGCCAAUGGUUCCCCUACAAAUUAUUUUACCUUUAAUUAUUAGUAAAUAUACAGCUGGUAGCAAGCCAAUGAGUAUUUAUAUUGCUGCCAUACCAUACAGGUUGUUGUUUGGUUUAAUUGCAGCUUUUGUGGUGUGGAUUACACCUUCAUUAAUUGUUGAUGGAGUGGUACCUAUGUAUUAUUAUAUUCUUCUUAUUUGCAUUUAUGCAUUCCACCAGGUGACCUUGUACAGCAUGUUUGUGGCUGUGAUGGCUUUUUUUGCCCGAGUUAGUGAUCCAGCUGUGGGAGGCACUUACAUGACACUUCUGAACACACUGUCUAAUUUAGGUGGAAAUUGGCCUGCUACAUUAGCACUGUGGCUUGUAGAUAGCCUUACAUACAAAGAAUGUACUGCAACUACUCUUUUAGAUAAUACCUGUUCAUCCACUACAGAGAUAAAUGAAUGCACAUCUGCUGGAGGAUCCUGCAGUAUACGGCUUGAUGGAUAUUACAUUGAAAGUCUAGUAUGUUUUGUUUUUGGAUGGUUGUGGCUUCAGUGGGGUCGUAACAAAAUCAACCUUCUUCAGAACAAAAAAGAAAGUGAAUGGAAAGUUGUUCGUAGAAGACCCAGUUAGCAAUUAGUUAUAGUUUAGUUCUACAUUAACAUUUCUCAAGUUUGACUUAAUGUCUCUUUGUUAUUUCUAAAUUAUUGAUUCUAAUUUAUUUGCACAUUGUUUUUUGAUGGACUUAACAAGAAAGACAAAUUCUUGUAACUCAAAUGACUAUUGUUUGAAAUCAGAGUAUCUUAAGACCAAUAAUAUCUGACAUAAAAGCAGAUGUCAUGGGUAAUAAGCCAACUAGAAAACUUUAUUUAUUUAUUAUAAAAUGACUAGAGGGUCCAAUAAAAAAAGAUAUUUAAUUUGUAUUGACUCCAAGGUAUGUAUAUGCCAAAAAGAAUUGCUUUUGAAAGAAUAGAUAACUACCAUAUGAUUGAAUAUAAAGGGGGAAUAAAUUAGACACAAAAGAUGCUGGUCAAAGUAUAUUAAUUUGUGCUUAAGGCACAGGAUAAAUGCAGUAAUAAACUAUUAUAACUGUUUUGUAUUCCUUCUCGUUACUUUGUGUACAAUCUGCAGCAAUCUGUGCCUUACCCUUUGAUCUUAUAGAGAUACAACCACUUGUAGAAUUUGACAACUAUAUAUAAACAAUAGUGCAUUAAAAUGAUGCACAACGAGUAAGAUAUUGUAGAAUUUAGUUUUUUCACUGUGGCCACCCAUGAUUUAUUAUGGAUUCUAAUUUUGAUAUGUGAAAUGAAAGGGAUACUUUAAUGCUUCAUGAUGCAAUACAAAUUUUGUCUAUGUUACAUUUUAGGUAAUGUCUGCAAUUAGCACUUUUUCAGGGUUUAUCAUAGCACUGAUAAUUGUUUUGUGACAAAGCAUUACAUAAAUGCUGUUAUGCACAAUGUUUGUGAAUAUUAAUAUGUUAUGUUUGUUGAUUACAUUUAGUAUUAUGGUGUGGUAAUUGUGCGAUAUUCUUGCUGUGCAAUAUUUGUUUUAAUAUAUUCCUGAAAAAGCAUUGCAACAAAUUGUAAUGGUGAUUACAUUUAUUUAAAAUAUUAAAUGUGACUGCUGUAUUCUACUUUUUCUGACAAAAUCACUUCAGCAUUUUUUGAAUAAUAGAAAAUUAUUCAAAAAUUCCAAUUUUGUUUGGUCAAUAUAUCAAUAAACUUUCACAACUACUGCAGGACAGAAAAUGUGAAAGUUGAUUUACACAUUUAUUAACUUGGUGUCCUAUACGAAUGUAAAUGUUUUUCUAUUUCUUCUAUUGAAGUAAGACAAAGAAAAUAAUAUAUUUUGUUUUUAAGUUUUAUUUCUGCUUCAUACAAAAUGAAAUUGAGAACUACAUAAAAAUUAAAAAGGGACAUAGCCUAAUUCAGGCAUAUCAUGUUUAAUGACAAUAAACCUUAUGUUAUUAAGAAGAGCUUUUAUUUUGAGUCUAAAAUUUCCCAGAUGUGGGAAAUAUUUUAUUAUGAAUGUUGAUGUUAUGUGAAAUGUUUAUUAUAUUAAAAAUAUUUUUGUUCAUUACAUGAUACAAAUGUUUUGAUAAAUUAGAUAUCUUAGAGGAAACAGGGUGUUCACCAGAUUUUGUGACUGAUAGUACUCUGUAAAGGUUUACGUCAAACAUUGUUGUAGCAUGUACCUCAUGAGAUAAUGCAUGUAUGAAAUUAACUCUGGCUCAAUAAAAUUCUUAAUAUUACCAGGAUGCAAUCCAUUUUAAUACUAUUACAAAAUAUGGCCAUGACAUUUUUUCAGAAAGGGUUGUACAUUUAACAAUUUGAUUUCUGUAUUUUUUUUUAAAUUAUUUAUGUUAAACAUUCCAUAAAAAGGUAGAAAAAUUAAUUUAAUCAUAAAGUUUUCAUUCUUUUGCCCUUACUGGGAAUAAUUUCCCUGAGGUAGUAUGAGCCAAACUACAACUAUUUUAUUUUGACUAUAGAAAAUGUACCAAUUUUACAGUCAGAUUUACAAUAUUAGUAUUGUGUCCUAACGCUGAUAUUGUAUUUUUGUAUUUUAAAAAAUAAACAACAUUAUCAAAAAAGCAAUGAAUUAAAUUUAUUGCAAAGAAAAUGCCCACUUUACUGGGAAUGUCUACUAUUUUACAAAUUCUCGACCAAUCUAGAACAAUUUAAAUUAAGGUGUAAAUCAAAUGAUUUUCUUUUCAAGUCAUUGACCAUUAAUUUUUUUGAUUUUUUCCCAAAACAUCAUUCAUACAUAAUUUUUUAUAACAUUAAUUUGUUAUUACUGUCAAUAUCUAGACAUUUUUAAUGAGUGAUUCAAUUUUCUUUGGUUGCCUGGACGUCUGUACGUGAUCUAAAUUUAUUUAUUUAUUUAUUUAUUUAUUUUACUUGUCACAAAAGUGAACUUUAAGUCAAAGUAGCAUUGAUCAGGUUGUAAGGCAUGAACUCUCUGACUGACUUACAAGAUGAUGCCAAUUUCAAUUGCAAUUGAGAUGCUAACAAGUCUGAGACGCUGUAUUAGUGCAGUGAACAGAUAUCACCUUCAUUAUUCCAUGCAGGAAAUUAAUUGUGUUUAUAGUAUUUUAUCAGUAAGGGUGGAUACAGUGUUCUCAUUUAUUCAACAAAUUAAUUUUGAUUUAUAUAAAAUAUGUUGAAAUUAUUUAUUUGUGAAAACAUGAGAUUCAAAUACAAUAGAUACACUUCAUAGUUGUAAUUCAAAUACCAGGAGGGAAAAUCAGGCAUGAUAUCCUUUUUAUUCAGGUAUUUAUUCUGUUAUGUAAUGUACUAUAACCAAAAAAGGAGAGUAUAAUUUUAGUAAUCAUCUUUCAAAUAUACCAUUCUUUUGGCAAAAGUUUUCACUAAAAGGCUUUUGUUAAGGCCAAUUAAAUCUCCACUUUGAUUAGUUUUAAAGAGCAGACUAAAGCCUCUCAUGCUCAUUUGAAGGAUCAUGUGAAAUUGAUAGAACGUUCUCUUUACAUUUUCUUUUACAGUUGUAGAUAAUGUAAAAUUUGCUCUUUGUAGAUCCUCCUCUUAUUUUGAGAUGACCACCUUAUCAGCUGCAUAUAUAGUAGAAACCCUCACAAACCCAUUUCAGAAUAAUCGACCCCCUUUUUUUUGCAUCAGUUGAAUAUUGAGGCCAAUCAAUUGCCAGAGUAUAGAGAUACAAGGGACAGAUUCAAGUCUUUUGAGCUUGUGCAACAAAAUAGAACAAAAACUUCCAUGUGGUGUGAAACAUUGUCAAUGUUGUAUGUGUGUGUUUACUUCAGAGUGAGUAAGGUAACAGUGGACUUGUAUAUGAUGAUUGAGAUUAAAUAUAAAACAUAAGUAAGAAAUUUAAAACCUAAUUACACAGUUAUUAAGUAUGGACGAUUAUCUACACAAGGCAAUAGUUGACAUUAAAUUAGAAAAAAAAUAUUUUUCUUAACAAAUUGCAAGUAAUGCUGGAUAAGUUAAAUAAGUAAUAUUGAGCAAGGAUGUGAAACAACUCUCUUUGUCUAACUUGUAACCAAUGUUUUCAUGAAAAACAGAAUUUUUACUAAACAUUGAGGCUUAUUUUUCAAAUGAAAUUCAUUAUUCAUUGUUGACUGUUGAUAAAGUAUUUCAAACAUUACUUUUAGUAUGCAGUAUUGAUCAAGUCUGUCCUCAGGCAGGGUGCAGUAACUAAAUGAGUAAUUACUCAUCAGAAUCCAAUUUAUAUCGAGAGUGAGGAGGAAAAUUACAUCUGUAAUUGGAGUGCAAGUGAAAAUGAAGAUAUAAAUUAAAAUAUUUAUGUAAAUAAAGCCUGUAACAUAAC